CUCAUUUUUCAUUAUGUCUCACAGGUAAAAUGUAAGAUGUGCAAUAAAAAGAUGGAGAGAAGGCAUCUAUUGGAUCAUGAGAAAGAUGAGUGCACUGAGAGGCCUCCGAUCUGUGAGUUUUGUCAGCUUGAGCAUCCUCUGAGCAAUCUAAAAGAGCACAAAGUGUCCUGUGGGAGUCGCACGGAGCGCUGCUCUGACUGUGGCCGGUACGUUAAACUAAUGGACCAGCUUGAGCACGCUCAGAUCUGCUCUACUACCACCCCCACAGCAUCAAAGGACCUUGUCCCUGAGGAUGAUACUUCUGACACAGAUGGUUAG